AUGGCUACGUCCACUCAAAGCCCCAACGGCUUUUCCUACGCGCAGGCGGCCAAAGGGCGAGCCGCUGCCGCAAGUUCACAAACACCUUCGAGCAAGGCGGCUUCGGGCACCGCGACGCCCGCACCCGGCACAUUCUCCGAGCUGACGCCCAAUAGCAACUGGGCUGAUGAUGUCGAGGCUACAGAGGGAGAGAAGACUGUCGAGUUGAGGAAACCCGACCUGGAGGAGAAGGAGCCGAAGGAAGUACAAGAGGCGAAAGAGACGAAGGAUCACGACAAGGCACCAGCGGUCAAGGACAGUGCCGUUGAGCGUACCAAAUCCGAAAGCAAGAUCCAGAUUGCGUCUUCUGGCGUUUCCUCGCCAGAUCUGGUCGCGACAUCCAGCACGACCCAUACUGAUGACUCCUCGGCGCCCAAUGGAACAUCACCCUCUGAUACGACUUGGGAGACUAAAUCACAAAAUUCGGAGCCGGCUUGGAUUGCGGAGCGCAAGGAGCGUCAGACCACUGGUCACCACGAGGAAAGUAACAGCACGGCACCAGCGACGGGCACCGGCUCAAGUAAGCGUGGGAAGAAGGAGGCCAAGGAGGCCAAGGAACCCGCUUUGACGCAGCCUGCGCAAAAGCCCAUCGUCUUGCAUGAGGCUCCUCCCCCGCAAGUUAACAUUUGGGCCAAGCGCAUGGAAGAUGCCACCAAGGCGAAACCCGCUACAUCGCAGGCAACCAAAAUUACUGCACCGACGCUACAGUCCAAGGAAAAUGUACGACCCAAAGCCGAGCCGAGAAAGAAAGCCAACUCCACCGCGAGUGCACAGCGAGAGCCUGAAUCUCAAACAGCGGACUCGAGAAAGUCCAAUGGCUUUCAGACCAAGCGUGCUGCCAACGAGCCACGCACGAGUGUACGCCAGCCCGCUAAAUCUGCAGCGGACAACGUUCAUGCUGAGCCUCCCAAUGCAACACCCAGCCGUACAGCUCAGCGCGAGGCACAAAGUCUGCCCACCGUGUCAUCCACGGUACCGCCGCCAGUGAAGGACGAGACUUCGUGGCCGACGCCCGACAGCGCCCAGGAGAGGGAGCGCAAGGUAGCGAUCGCCGAGAAGGAGUCUGACGAGGCCGAUGCAGAUUCUAGCGCCGCCGGCAAGUCUCGUGACAAGACGAAGUGGACUCCAUUGCCAGUAACGCCGACUAUCGUGUGGCAGACUGAGGAGAUGAACCGUCCACGCGGUCAGGCAGGAGAGCGGGGUGGACGGGGCAGUACAACAACACGAGGCCGUGGUGGACUACGAGCAGCUCCGAGUGGAGCAAAGGGCGGCGAGCGUUCUGUGGCACGAACUACAGGCCCUCAGGGUGAGGCCGAGCACGCCAGCCCCGGCCAUGGCCGCUCGAGCACGGUUGAUCGCGAGGCGAUGCCACCGCCCGCUAAGCCUGCCGGUACAAGUGCAUCCCGCGAAGGCAAUGGGAACGUGCCAGAAGUGCAGUCUGGCGUUGUUGUCGGUCUCGAAUCGCGGCAACCGAAGUCGCCCUCGAAACCAGACCUAGACGGGCAAGACGCCAAGAACUCGGAUUCCAGCUUACGCAAUGUCUCGCACGAGGUUCGCGAAGUAUCAGAGGCUCCACGCGAUGCAUCCACCAAAAAGACAUCUUUCGAACAAAAGAAGGAAUCUCGGUCCAACCACGAGAGUUUCGGAGCGAAUGGCAAGGAGUUCACUGGUGGUCGUGGGAAGACCCGAGGUGGCCGUGGCAGAGGCGGUACGCGCGAGUUUGCAAAUGGGCACCAGCCAAGUGCAUCAUUCACCAACGGCCACACUGACUACGGCGCGGCGAUAUAUGGCGUGCCUCAAUCUCCGUCUUCCUUCCAGCCUACACGUGGCGGCCAUCCGUAUGCCUACGCCCAGCCGGGACGUGGGGGUUGGACUCGUGGCGGCAACUCUCGCUCACAUUCAAUUCCUAUGGAACAGAUGUACAGCCGCCCGCAAGGUCCACCGGUGCAGACAUACUAUCCUGGGAUGUAUGAGUACCCUGGUGCCAUGKCGAUGUCAUCGGCACCUUUCAGUCCAAUGAUGGAACCUCAGUAUGUCAUAGACAUGGUCAGCACUCAACUGGAGUACUACUUCUCUCUUGACAAUUUGCUGAAAGACAUGUUCUUGCGCAAGAACAUGGACACGCAAGGUUUCGUCUUCCUGGACGUCAUUGCUAACUUCAACCGUUUGAAGCAGCUCACCGUUGACAAGGACCUAAUCAAGUUUGUCUGCCUCAGAUCAGAGGUCAUCGAGAUCCGCGUCGGCGAGGACGGCAAUGAGCGUCUUCGACGGAGAGAGGGAUGGGGACAAUUUGUCCUUCCAAUGGACCAACGAGAGGCAGGCGCCCAGACGAGCGGUCCUAAAGAACUCCACCGUCCAGAGCCUGUCCAGCUGCCAUAUUGGCCUGCACAACAAACGCCAGCAUUUCGGGGUCCGUCGGCUGGUUUCCAAGCGCCCAGGGGAUCUCAAGAUUCGAGCUUUGCCAUGAAUGGCGGCGUGUCGCUCUUUUCGCCCAUGUCACCAUUUCUAGACACGUCAUAUGGCGGCUUUACCAUCGGAGAGGAGAAUCGCGGUCGCGCCGCCAAGUCCCCAGUCAAUGGAUCCCCGACAAGCCAUUCGUUUGCUGCUCCUAUCGACGACAGGACCAUGGAGCCCGAUGUGUUCGCAGACGAACACAUCAGCUCUCUCACCGUUGUCGUCAAGAUGAAUCAGCCACGCGCGAAGCCGCACCACAACGCCGCUUCUCGCACGUUUUCCAACGGAUCUAUUGAUACUGGCAGUGUGUACGCAGGAACGGACAAGGAGAAGUCAGUCGAGGACCAAACCCAUCCAAUUGCCAACGGAGAGACUGUCAUGAAUGGUGACUCACCACAUGCAACACCCUCUCGCCAUGCAAGCCCAAGCCUCGGUCGCUCCUCGGGAAAGACCGACGCGACCAAUGAGCUGAUGCUGCUGUGGGUAAAGGACAAGGACGUGCCACUGGAAAGCCUGCCACAAGACGCCGCACUCGAGCCUUACGUUCAACUGCGAGUAAAGGCACUGAAACAGCGUGAACAAGCUGCCACAGGAGCGUGUCCAUACGACCUCGACGUCCUUUACCAGUUCUGGUCUCACUUUCUUAUCCGUAACUUCAACAACAGGAUGUACGGCGAGUUCAAGUACUUCGCCGGGGACGAUGCUCAGCAACGCCGCAGUCCGGUUGGGUUGCAGAACCUCGUUCAGUAUUACGCCAACGCUCUGGCCAGCAGUAACCCCAUCCGCGAUCACAUCGUCAAGGACUACGUUGACCUCGUUAAAGCUGAGCCAUCAGUUCUGAAUGGCCAGGCACACAAGCAACUUCGUCAGGCUUGGCGCAACGGCGCUCUGAAUCUCAAGAACCGCAAGAAGCUGGCAGAUAUUCUUGAUGAUGGCAUCAAACAGAGCCUCGAGGCAUAG